AUGGAUUGGCAGACAACUAUCAACGCUCUGCAGCCGCUGCUGCCCUCGGGGCGGCCCAAACUCACGCAGGAGCUACUGUCCCGGCCCCCCUUCCGCUUCCUGCAUGAUAUCGUCACUUCCACGGGCUUCGCACCGGGACUCUUCACGGCCGCGGAGCAGGAUGCCCGCUCAAUGGACAAGGAGGCCAAGCUGGCGUAUCUGCAGAAGCUUCAGGACGCCAUUGCCGCAGUGCUGGGCCAGCCAGUGCCGGCACGCCCCUCAAAGAUCGUGGCGGGACUGGAGCCAGAGGCCACCAACACAAUGCUGCAGAUGCUGGCCGCGGCGGUGCAGCAGGGCGAUAGCGCCGCCGCCGUGCAAGCGGUGCUGGGGCGGCUGGCAGAGCCAGCCAACGCCGCCAGCGGCGCCGCCGGAGUCAGCACUGAUGGUGGCAGCAGUCGUCACCGUGCACUCACUGCUCCUACUGCUGGCGGGCUCCGGGACCAAGGCUUGGUAGGCGACGCGGGAUCUGCGGAUGAAGAUGCUGCCCCCGUGGUGUUUGCCCGCCUUGACAACCUGCUGCCGGCGCUGGGCCGGAAGAUGGAGGAGGCACGGCAGGUGCUGACAGGCACCGGCGCCGCCGUAGGCAGCGCCGAGGCCUGGGCACGGUGCGGCAAAGUGCAGGCCAUUGCCCAGGAUGCGGCGGUGCUGGCCAAGUGCCUGGAUAAUCUCUUCUCCAGCGCGCACAUUGUGGCCGCAGAGGCAGCCGCAUGGCGUAAGGAGGCAGACAAGCUGGCAGCCAGGGUGGAGCAGGAGGAGCGGGCAGAGGAGGCGGCGGCCGGGGCAGGCCAGCAGCGCGUGGCAGAGCUGGAGGCGGCGGUGGUGGCUGCACGGCAGCGGGUAGCAGUCCUGGCAGCGCGGCGGGCCUAA